UUGCAGGUCGUAUUCGUCGCCGCCCUCGUGGCCGUCGCCCUCGCCGCGCCCGCGGAGCCAGAGCCCGUCAAAAUUCUUCGUUCCGAAUUCGACCAGCAGCCAGAGGGUGGAUACAGUUACGCUAUUGAAACUGAAGAUGGCGUCAAAAAGGAGGAGGUUGGUGAGAUUAAGAGCGUGAAUGACGAAGAGAACAAACCCCACAACGUUGUAAUCGUCCGCGGUUCCUACAGCUACACCGACAAGGAGGGAACACCCCACACCCUUACUUACGUCGCCGACGAAAACGGCUUCCAGCCUCUGAGCGAAGACAUCCCCAAGGCGCCCCAGGCUUAAGAUCUCGACAUGAACGACAGUGAAACCGUGCCAUGAACUCUAGUUAGCUAAGCCAUAACAUCGUCGGGACGCGAGCGCGGCAUCCGCUUCGCAAUACCCAGUUACUCUUUGUUAGUUUGAUGCCGACUGCCAUUUUUUUGCGUUUAUGCUAUUUUUUGUUGACAUGUACUGUGAUUAUAUUUGAUUAAAAAAAACAAAA